UCUCUCUCUGUGGUUCUGUAUUUUGUUAACGACUAACGACAGCAGUAAGAAACCCAGCAGCCAUGAACCAUAAUAAGUCUUCGAAAUUUCUCGAGCUUUACGGAUGGGACUUGCUAUUGGGAUCAAUCGCUGCGUUUUACGUUUUCAUGGCUCCAUAUACAAAGGUUGAAGAAAGCUUCAACGUUCAGGCAAUGCAUGACAUACUUUACCAUCGGCAUCACUUAGAGAAGUAUGACCACUUGGAAUUCCCAGGGGUGGUUCCUCGAACCUUCAUAGGUGCCUUCUUGGUAGCAAUCUUGUCAUCACCAGUCAUAUUACUAAUUCGUCUCUUAGACCUGCCAAAGCUUUAUAGUCUUUUUGUGGUCCGUUUGGUGUUAGGUUGCAUUGUCUUGUCCACAUUGCGUUUUUUCCGAAUUGAGGUAAGAAGGAAGUUCGGUCACCAAGUUGAAGCUUUCUUUGUAUUGUUAACAGCUUUUCAGUUUCAUAUGCUGUUCUAUUGCACAAGACCUCUUCCUAACAUACUAGCAUUGGCUUUAGUCUAUUUGGCUUACGGCUUUUGGUUCAAGGGGAGUUUCCGUGCUACCUUAAGCUCUCUGGUUUGUGCAACAAUAAUCUUUAGAUGCGACACGCUGUUACUUCUUGGCCCUAUAGGCCUAGCACUUUUGCUGACGAAGUCAAUAUCCCUAUGGGAAGCAUUAAAAUGCUGUGUUUCCACUGCUUUAUUGUGCAUAGGUUUUACCAUAGUGGUUGAUACCAUUAUGUGGCGGAGAUUUGUCUGGCCUGAAUUUGAAGUUUUCUGGUUCAACUCUGUUCUAAACAAGAGUUCUCAGUGGGGUACAUAUGUGUUCCACUGGUACUUCACAUCUGCUCUUCCUCGCUCCUUGCUUGCAGCAUAUCCUUUAUUUGUGCUCGGAAUGUUUCUUGAUAGGAGGAUAUUUGGUUACGUUGUUCCAGUUCUAUCGUUUGUUUUGCUUUAUUCAAAGCUUCCACACAAGGAACUCCGUUUCAUAAUUGGUUCAACUCCAAUGCUCAACUUUGCAGCAGCAGUUGCCGCUAGUAGAAUCUACAACAAUAGGAAGAAGGCUUUCUGGAAAUGGCUUAAUCUAAUGAUGCUUGGAUCUCUUCUGGCCAGUGUAGGAUGUUCCAUUAUUAUGUUUCUAGCAUCGUAUGAGAACUAUCCAGCUGGUUAUGCUCUAAAAGCUUUGCAUCAGAUUGGCCAUGACACUGAUGAGGGGAAAGAAACGUGGGUUCAUAUUGACUCCUUUUCGGCAAUGAAUGGGAUAUCCCAUUUUUCUGAAAAUGAUUUCCCAUGGCGGUAUUCCAAAGAAGAAGGGAUUGCCAAGGAAGAAUUUCACAACAGGAAUUUCACCUACCUUCUGAAUGAGCAUGCUGAUAUUAAUGGUUUCAAGUGUUUAUUCUCUGUAAAUGGAUUCUCAAAGGCUCGUCUUCACAUUGGCUUCCCUCCCAUAUCUCUGCUGAAGGAGCCUAAAGUAUUUAUUCAUGGGAAUAUGAGAAGCCAAGAUGCCUUCUACUUAAAAUGGCCUGGCUGCAAGGUUAAUACAGAAGGGCAUCAUCUGAAGGUUGUGACAAACCCAACAAGUUUAAGUUAACAGAACAAUGAAUCAUCAUCUCAAAGGUCAAAAAUGGGUACCAAGAAAACCCAACAGUAGAAUACUUGUCCAGUGACAACUGUACAAUUUUCUUGACGUAUUCAUGUAUAAAUCAUGUUGAUGAGACUUCAGGAUAUGUCUAGGUUUUGUUACGACUUGAAAUAUGAAAUAUUGAUACGCCGUUGUGCUUUA